AUGAUUCCCUCUGCAUCCGUUGAGGCUCUCCUCAAGACACCACACGGCGUAUGCGCAAUCUCGCAUUCCUUAGACGUCCAAAAAAUCAUAGCCUCUGUUCAGGAUGAAUCCGCAGGCGCCACCGCUGUUUUCAUCGGUACCACACGCAACUCUUUUCAAGGAAAAACCGUAACACGCUUGGAAUACCAGGCGUAUUCAAAGUUGGCGAUCAAAACGAUGGCAAGGAUUAUAUGUGAUGUUAGCCAGCCAGCAGCACAAUCCGAUCACGAACUACGUGCACAAGAAGGCUAUGUGUCGUCCAUCAUUCGAUGUGUUGUCUACCAUCGCAUAGGAGUGGUACCUGUUGGGGAACCUUCCAUAGUGAUCGCGGUUUCGUCACCCCAUCGGAAAGAAGCUUUCGCCGCUUGCGAGCGGAUCCUAGAAGAGAUCAAGUCACGCGCGCAGAUUUGGAAGAGGGAGUGUUAUGAAGGAGAGGAUGAAAAUCAAGCAGAAUGGAAAUCAAACAAGUAA